UGAGGGGCCAUGAGGGGCUGUGAGGGGCUGUGAGGCACCAUGAGAAGGCGUGAGGGGCUCUGAGGAGCCAUGAGAGACUGUGAGGGGCUGUGAGGAGACAUGAGGAGCUAUGAGGAUUUGUGAGGGGCUAUGAGGUCUGUGAGGGGGCCAUGAGUGCUGUGAGGGGCUAUGAGGAGCUGUGAGGGGCCGUGAGGGCUAUGAGCUGUGAAGGGUCAUGAGGAGUCAUGAGGAGAUUUGAGGGGCCAUAAGGGGCUCUGAGGGGCCAUGAAGGGCUAUUAGGGACCUUGAUGGGGAAAAGGGUCCCUGAGAAGCUGUGGGAGGCCAGGCACCUCAUGGAACCACGGGUCAGUUAUGACACUGCAGAACCAAGGAGACUGCUGUUGAGCAUUAUGAAAGCUCAUGGAACUAAAAGUCCAUGUGACAUUGAGGGACCUCAUGGGACCAUGGAGAAUAUUACAACAGUUUGGGACCCUUUGGAACCAAGGGCCAUUGUGACACUACAGGCCUCCAUGGAAGCUGUGCCAGAGGAGCCCUGCUGGCUUUGCCAGGGGCAAAGUUGCUCACUGCAGGGUUUCUUUCAGCUGCUGGCCUCCGAAGAUGUGCAAGAGGAGGAAUUCGCUUCAUUGUACAAAACCUGCAGGUUUCUGCUGUAUUCAGCCAACAGCACAGACAGAGAGAUAACCUCCCUGCUGCUCAGGGCCCUCAUCACACUGUCCAACAGAGAGGACAGGGCAAGAAAAAUGAAGGUGCUGCUGCCAGACCUGAUGAACCUGUUGCGGCAGAACUGCACGUCUCUGGUGAUGAUGGCCCUGAUGGUCCUCCAGAACAUGAUGAAGUGCUUGAAGAGCACCGAAGCCAGUUCCAUUGCUGCGGAUGUGGCGAGGAUACUCUGGUACCACUUUGAUGAGGAGGAAAGCUGGGUGCGGGAGAGCUGCAUCAGCUCCUUCAGAGACCUGGUGAGGACAGUGGUGGGGAAGGAGAAGAAGUGGAUGAAGAACUUCGUGCACACUGUCCUGGCCCCGCUCAUCCUUCGCAUGAAUGACGAGGCCCCCAAAGUGGGCCAGGCCUCCAGGAAUGCCCUCCUUGCCAUCGCAGAGCUCCUCAAGUGGAAGGAGAUGAAGCAUGUGGCGAAGACAUGGCAGACCUGGAAGAUGGCUGAGUGCUUGAUGAAAAAGGACAGCAGCAGGGCUGAGCAGUACCUUCUUCAGAGCCUGAAGUACCUGAAGGACCCUCAGGAAUGCGUGCGAGACUCGACUAUCAGGUUCAUUGGGACCAUCAUGCGGCAUGUCAAGGACCAAAGCACGGAGGUGCCUGCUCUGAUUGUCAGAGAACUUCAGGCCUUGGAGAAAGGUGGCUGUGAAUUCAUCUGUUGCCUGGCAGCUCAGACCAGCUUGAUCCUGAGCAGGCUGAGGGAGCAGCAAUCACCAGCAGGGUCCCGAUGCUCUCUGUGGUGCUGGCACCGCUGAGCUGGGGGCCUCUUGUGUCCAGAGUGGCACAUUCAGGCAAGACUGAGCAGGAACACCCACCCGCUGCUUCACAAGGUGCAGAAAGGACUGCUGACUUCCUGAGGUUCUUCUCAGAGAAGGCUCUGGGUGUGGUUAGAUCCAGGCUUGGUCAGCACUUCGUCAUACAUCAUUGAGCCUGGACAUCACAUUGUUCUGAGGAUUAUGGUUGGCAAACCAACUAUAGCUGUAAAUAGUUUAUUUGUAAAUAAAGUUAGAUUUGUGUUUAAAUAA